GGCUGGGUUUCAGGUUCACCUUGACUCCCGGAGCCACAGCGGAGCAGGUACCGCUCCUGCACCUGUUUCUCCGCACCUGCUGCACAGCUGCUCCUACCCAGCUCUCCCAGCCUGAACCUUGCCUGGCGUGGCAGUCCGGAGGCACCCCCACCUCCCCCAGUCUCCCGGGGCGCAGCUCCUGCACUCAGCUCCUUCUCUAGAAAGCUCUCGCCUCCAGCCUCCCAGCAGUCGGGCUCACAGGAAGCCCCACCCUCAGGUCUGGGAACGCCAUGACCGAAGUUGGUUGGUGGAAGCUGACCUUCCUGCGGAAAAAGAAAUCCACUCCCAAAGUGCUGUAUGAGAUCCCUGACUCCUACACCCAGACUGAGGGUGGUGCGGAGCCCCCGAGGCCUGAGAGCGGGAGCCCCAGCAGCAACUUUAACACCCGCCUGGAGAAGAUUGUGGACAAGAACACCAAGGGCAAGCACGUCAAAGUCUCCAACUCAGGCCGCUUCAAGGAGAAGAAAAAGGUCCGAGCCUCGUUAGCGGAGAACCCUAACCUCUUUGAUGACAGGGAGGGCAAAGGACAGUGAAGGGGGCUGAGGAGGACACUACCACCUGCCCGCUCCCUGCCAUCAGCUGGGUCUGAGAUGGGAGCUCACCACGCUGGCCUCUUUGGCCACAGCUGAAGCCGUGGGGGGACUUGAUGCCUGCUGGCAGGAAAUGUCUGGUUUUAGGUUUGUAUUUAUGUGCUCUGGCUUUCUGGAAGGCCUGAGAGAUCCCAGGUCCUCCUGCCCUCCCCCGCCACAUACAAAGGCACUUCAGUUCAAGGUUGAAAAGUCCCACUUGGGAAGGACAGCCCUCCUCGAGGCACUGGCAGCAGCAGCAGGGAGGUGGGCGUGGAAGGAAUGGAGCAAGGGAUCCGGACAGAGCUCACCCCCUGCUGGGGCACAGGGUCAAGGGUGAGUUUAAAUGACUGCUCCCUCUACUUUCUCUACCUGUGAUUAUUCUCUGGAUCAAUUCUGAGUGCAUUUUCCAGAAGCCACGUGAUGGGGGUGGUUUCCUGGAGCUGAGGUGGAGAUGAUGAACUUGAGCUCACCUCCUAUGUCAAGUGGGAAACUUCCUGGAACUUUGCCCCCAGGUGUGUGCGGGGAGGGGACACUGGCACUCCCUAGGAGGUGCUGCAGAAGGCCGGACCAGGGACCCCACAAGUUCUGCAUGCACCCUCAAAGGGAAAGUACACUGCCCCUCGGGUCCAAACUUGGAAAGGGGGUGGGAAGUUCUGGCAGGAGCCCUCCUACCCCUACUAGUAUUUAAGAUGGAUCAGCCCCAGAGAUGAGUCCUGGAGCCUUGAAUUUUCUUUAAAAGAAAAAAAAGAAUCGUAGGUUUCUUUUUGUAAUAAACAAUGCUGCAAAAGCAGAGAAACUA